UCGGCCAUGACAGCUCCACAAUGAUUUCCUGCGUAUUCGAAUGGGUCCGUGUUGUUUCCGGAACUUGAUUUAUUUAUUCCCCUUAGUACGGGGCACGGAUUUUCUCGUGCCCCGCACAUAACAUGAUGUCCGGUCUGAUCAUAGUGUGUUUGUUGAUGGUCACUGUGGUGACUUCAGCCGAAGUCGUUUUCAGACCAGAUGAGGAUGAACACUGCAACCGUACCGUUGACAUAUACCAGGCAGUCUCCAGUCCUCCCGUAACCGAUGAAAAUCGAAACCGACCCCUACAUUGUUCUUACCGGAUCCGUGUCCGACCAGCCCGAAAUGAUUGGGUCGUGUUCGUUCGAUUUACUCGCUUGAGGGUGGGGGAGCCCAGCGAGGACCGUAAGAGAUGCAUCGGAGGCUACGUCCAGAUCAUCGAUGGCUACAGAGACUCAAACCACAGCAACAAAGACGAUCCCGGCCACUUCUGUGGAGAGAUAGACUCGCCAAAGACUUUUGUUUCUGAGACGCCCCACGUCAAGAUCGUUCUGCAUGUCGACAGUUAUAGCCAUGACACAUUUUUGCAAUUUGAUGCGAACGUGGAACAACAGCAGGAGGUACAUGCCCGUUAUGGUCAAUAUGCCCAACUGUAUCCGCAUCGUAGAGGUACGCCCGUGCCCGGAUCAUACUGUGACCGAACCUUUCAUGGCUGUGCCCCUACCAGAUGCUUUGUUCAGUCUCCUGGAUUUCCUGGAAUUUAUCCCAGGAAUCUGCGCUGCCGCUACAAUUUGGUUGUGAGUCGAAGUGUAGUAGCUUUGGAUAUGAACGCUUUCGACGUGGAUGGUCUCAGAUGUGACAAUUUGCUGCUCUGUUUUCCUCGUCCAGUGACAAAAGAACCUUCGGAGUGUCCAUUUGAUUACGUCAAAGUCUACGAUGGGCCCACGGAAGAGAGUCCUUUAAUCGUUACAUUGUGCGGGCGUGGACGUUUGAAAUCUCAGAUCGUAGCCUCCGGACCAGAAAUGCUGGUAGAGUUUGUGACAUCCAACGUGGGGCCUCUUCUCAACACGGGAUUUCACUUCAAGGCGGAGAGUAUACACUCAGAAACAGAAACUGAGUAUGAAUUCCCACGCCUCGAUAGCAACGGCACUUGUUCCAUUACAAAACAUCUACGCGCUGGAGACGUUUUUACUUUUGGCCAUUUGAGAUCGUGGUACCCUGUUAACACUACGUGCACAUACAGGUUUACUGCAUCGUCUGACGAAGAGGUUUUAAAGCUUAGUUUCGAAUUUUUUCGAAUGGAGCGAGUCACACUUUGCAACGAAUCCCUGAAAUUAUAUGACAGUCCUUACAGAGACCCUUCAAAGAUAAUGUCGAAGUUGUGCGACAUCAACCGACCCAGAACUGAACAUCCUCGAUCAAUAUACGAAACUUCUGGUCCCGGACUUUUCGUUGAAUUUGUCAGCAAAAUGGGGUCACUGGAAGGUUCAUCCAUCAGCUAUGCAUUUGAAGUCAGGCCAGUAAAUAUAGUCACCCGUCGAAAUAAUCUCAGUGGCCGAACUUGCAGCCGGACCUUCACCCCAGAAAGUGGGAUGACCGGACUCUUGACUGGACAACCCAUUGGUGAUUCAAAUGCUACUUCUUUGACCUGCAAUUACACAUUCGAUGCGAGUCGGAUUCCUCAAGGUCGAGUUCGUCUAGACAUUUACACUUCUCUAAAGUUAUCCCCGGACUGCAUGGACUGUCGACAAGAGCCUAUCUAUGCUCAAGUCCUUCUAACUUUCGGAGAGAGGAUCUGCUUUUGCAAAGUAACGUUUGAUUUUACAAGAAAAACUCUGAACGAAGUCUCAACGCCUCGAAGCCACACUCUAACAUCACUGGGACCAAUUAUGCAUUUCUCAUUGCACGCCGAAGCAUCAUGGGACAAGAAACUCCCCCAGAAACACAUCGUCAACGGCAGUUACAUUUUCUACACAGAAUCUCGUUGUGGACCGGAACGCCUAGAACUAGAUAUACAAGGUCUUCUGACAUUCCCUCCUUUAGUUUCAGGUCCAGGUACUUGUCCUGAUGGUCAGUGUCCGGAAGCUCCCAUUUUUUGCCAGUGGAAAAUCCCAAUUUUUCAUAGGAUGGACAUCCUCCUAAAGCUGGAUGGUCUUCCAGAGCCUUCCAACUGCAGCACGGACCAUGCCAUGGUCAAUAACAUAGUUUUGUGCCCCAACGACGAGAUGCAGGAAGUCCUUCUUCGCAAAGAAGACCUUUUUGAAUCAGAUGUGACAGUCAGUCUGCGUCUGUCUGAGAAAUUUUACAACUUCACAGUACAAUGGACACAAUUGCAAAUGUUGCCCUCACGUUCAAGUCCAGAUACUUUAGUGUCCCUGGGCAAAGAUUGCGACUUCUUGUGCACCACUUCCAUGGCUUGCCUAACCAGGGAAUUGGCUUGCAAUGGAGUCAAUAACUGUCCUGGUCUUGGGAUCACAGCGGAUGAAGAUCCCACCUUAUGCGCAUUACCGAGAGAUAGCUUCAAAUUGUACUGGUGGAUCAUUGGAUUCGGUCUCGGGAUAUGCGUGUGUUUAGCGUUUUGUCUUGUAUUCACAAUAUGUCGAAGAUGUAGAGUAAGACGCCACAGAAUUUGAAAGGCACAAUUAAAUAUUUUAUCUGUUUUUA